UGGGCUUUGCUGCGCGAGCACGAGCACGAGCCAUGGCGACAUGGCGUCGUCAUCUCUGCCCCCUCUUCCGGCGCUGCGCCACGUCCUGCCUGAUGCAGCAGAGGCGGACCACCUGCUCCGGCGCCUGAAGAUGGCGAGGCCGCCCGCCGGGUGACGACGUACGAAGCUGUCCAAAUUCUUCUCCUUGGGCUGCUGCUUAUCUGCUAUUACAGAUCUGCUGUUGUGAGUGCUUCCAGUGAUGAAGGUGAAGGCAAUUAGAGUCCACAAGCUUGGUGACCCAGAGGUUCUAACUUGGGGAGAGGUGGAGAUUGGGGAGCCUAGUGAAGGGGAGAUUCGGAUCAAGAACAAGGCUAUCGGUGUCAACUAUGUUGAUAUUUAUUACCGUACUGGGUUGCAUCAAGAACCUCUCCCCUUUGUUCCUGGCAAGGAAGCUGUAGGAGUGGUGUCUGCUGUUGGACCUGGGGUAACAGGCGUCAAAGUUGGCGAUGUUGUCGGCUAUGCUGAUACUCCAAUGGGUACUUACACUGAAGAACAGAUUAUCCCGGCAAUACUGGCCAUCCCUAUACCACCAUCAGUGGACCACAUUACUGCAGCAUCUGUUUUACUGAAAGGAAUGACUACAUAUGUUCUUGUGAGACAAGCCUUUAAGAUUCAGGCAGGCCAUACUGUCCUAGUACAUGCUGCUGCAGGUGGAGUUGGCUCUCUCCUUUGCCAGUGGGCAAAUGCUCUUGGUGCUACUGUUAUCGGGACCGUUUCGACACAAGACAAAGCGACCCAAGCAACCGAAGACGGGUGCCCACACGUGAUCAUCUACACCGAAGAGGAUUGUAGCCGAGUUGCUGAAAUCACAUCAGGGAAAGGUGUUCAUGUCGUAUACGAUGCUGUCGGAAAGGAUACCUUCAAGGGGUCGUUGGAGUGUUUGAUGUCGCGUGGAUGCAUGAUCUCCUACGGGCAAUCUUCAGGCAGGCCUGAGCCUGUUCCAGUGAGCGACCUCGCUGCGAAGUCCCUGUUCCUGGGAAGGCCAGGCAUGAGGCAUUACACCGCCACCCGGGACGAGCUGCUGCACGCCGCCGGUGAGGUCUUCGCCGGCGUCGCGGGCGGCGUGCUGCGCGUCCGCGUCAACCAUAUCUACCCGCUGCACGAGGCAGCUCGCGUGCACGCGGAUCUCGAGGCAAGGAGGACUUCUGGCUCCGUGGUGCUGUUGCCUGCCAACUGAAGAGAAUAUAUUGGCCGUGUACAUCCGAGUUGGAUAUAGAGGUCGGGUUUUAAUCCAUUUAUCUUAAAAAAUAGCGAGUUGGAUAUAGAGGUCAGGUUUUAAUCCAUUUAUCUUAAAAAAUGGCUGAAGAGAGUAUAUGUAUUCCUGUGGCAUCGAUGUUCUUGUGUCAAAAAUCAUAAAUCGUGAUCAUUCUGAUAACCUGAUGCUGGCAUGUCAUUGCAAGCUGUGGACUUGAAAGCUUUAACAGUUUAGCCAAGGCUGUGGUUGUCAAUCUGACAACAAGAGCAAUAUAGGAUUGGCUAAUGUACAGCUUCCCUGCCUUUCCUAAACAUGAUCCACAAUCUGCGCAUGCAUCAGUGAAGUGCUUGGAUAUGAUGAUAG